AGUUUGCCAGAUGAGAUACUUGGCAAAAUCCUGUCUUUGCUUCCGACAAAAACUGCUGCUUCCACAUCGGUUCUGUCCAAGCGGUGGAAGAAUCUUUUAGGUCUUCUAGACAACCUUUGUUUUGAUGAGUCGAUGGUUGUUUACCCAAACGAAGAAGAAGCAACAAGUGGUUCAGAUCGCUUCUGUGAUUUCGUAGACAAGACACUAGCUCUGUUAAGCAAUUCUCACAUGAAGAAACUAUCUCUGUGUCAUGUACCUAGACCUCGGCAUAAAGAUGCAUACCAACGUUGGUUUUGGGCAGCAAUGGAACGUGGUUUCUUGGAACUACACUUGCACGCCACCCACCGCUAUUUUGGUGUUAACAUAAAGACAAGUUUCUUAACGAGCAAGACACUUGUUAAGCUCACCUUAUCCGGUGAAUUUUCUCUUGAACUCGACCGUGUGUUUUUCCCUGCCCUUAAAUCACUUUCUCUUGUAUCAGUUCUAGGGCUUGAUUGUCCCAACUAUUGUCGGCUCCUCGAUGGCUGCUCUGUGUUGGAAGAUUUAUUCAUUACUGAUGCUGAUCAUUGGUAUCUGCCCUGUUGCGGUGUGUUCGUGGAAAGUCCAUGCAUCAAGCGACUUGUGGUUUUUGUCAAUCUUCCCGAUACUAAGGAGUAUCACAGAACUGUUUAUUUUAAAGCUUCACGUCUUGUCUACCUUGACUAUUCUAGUUAUGUCUCCAAGCAGUAUCAGUUUGUUGAUUUUGAUUUGCUUGUCGAAGCCAGGCUGAGUCUAAGGUUAUGGGAGUCAACUAACAAUCAUGACGACGAUGAUAGUUCUUAUUUUUAUGAUGAUGAUGAUGAUGAUGAUGAUGAUGACUUCUCUGAUGAACAUGAACCCAUAUUUGGUGAUGUUACAAAUCUAGUUGCGGGUAUAAGCAACAUUUUGACCCUUCACUUGUCUCCUGAGUCCCUUGAGGUAUUUCAUUUUUGCUGUAAAUCCAUGCCGGUCUUCAACAACCUCCUUAAAUUAUCUAUUGAGAGUAACAAGGAAAAAGGUUGGCAAGUAAUGCCGCUUUUGAUCAAGAGUUGUCCAAAUCUACAGACUUUAGUCAUCAAGGGUCUUGUGCACAGAGUAACAAACAGAUGUGGAGAUGCAUGUGCUUGCAUCCCUAAGAAGCAUAGUAGGAAGAACAACAAGAAGAGGAAGAUUGUGAAGGAGGAGGAGUUAUGUUGUUUAUGGACAUGUCACGUGAAAGUGCUAGAGAUUUCAGAGUAUAAAGGUUCUUUUCAAGAGCUGAAACUGAUGAGACAUUUCUUGGGGAAGUUGAAAUGUCUUGAAACUGUAAAAGUUAGUGUUGACGAGGAUAAGUACAAAGACAAUGAGUUCUUGCGAGCUAAUCUGCUGGCUCUCCCCAGAGUUUCAUCAAAGUGCAAUAUCCAGUUCAUCUAA